AUGCCCCCUCCAUUCACCGACGACAAAUCCCCAAUAUGCAUCCCCUUCAUCCUAAACCGCCUCAAGCUGCACCGCCAACAAGCCUCAUCUCAACAACCGCCGCCGCCCCUCAUCAUCGGCCUCAACGGCAUCCAAGGCGUCGGCAAAUCCACCCUCGUCGUGCCCCUCGCCGCAGCCCUCGAGCAGGAGGGCAUUCCCACGCUGGUCUGCAGCAUUGACGACUUCUACCUGACACAUGAGGACCAGGUGGCCCUGGCGAGGGCGAAUCCUGAUAAUGCGCUGUGGCAGGUUCGUGGGGAGCCAGGCACCCACGACAUCCCCCUUCUCAUAUCCGUCUUCUCCUCCCUCCUCCGCCACGAAGCAACUCUUCUCCCCCAAUACGACAAGGCCCUCUUCUCCGGCCAAGGCGACCGUCUCCCCCCUUCAUCAUGGAAACCCAUCAACAGCAACAGCAACUCUCCUCCUCUCCAAGUCAUCAUCCUCGAAGGCUGGUGCGUCGGUUUCCGCCCCAUCGCCCCCUCGGCCAUCACAGCAAAACACGCUUCUCCAAGCAGAACUCUCCACCAGCAUCGUCUAGAGCAUCUGCUAGCCAUCAACGAGAAGCUCAAGGAAUACGACCAGGUGACUGACAUGUUUGGCGCGUUUCUGCACAUUGACUCUGAGAACAUCGAGUACGUGUACGACUGGCGCCAGGAGCAGGAGGAGCAUCUCCGCCUCGCGAGGGGCGACUCCAACGCCGGCAUGACCAAGGAGCAGGUCGUCAAGUUUGUGGAUGCGUAUUAUCCGGCUUAUGAACUUUACUCGGAGGGGUUGCGUAAUGGGCUUUUGCCUGGCAGGCCCGGAGCCCAGCUGAGGAUGAUCGUUGGCCGCGAUAGAAGGGUGAAGCAGGUAGUUGAGAUCUAG